UUUUUUUUUAACCCUUUCUAAUUUACCUUUAAUAUUGCGCUAUCAUAAAUAUAAACUAUACUAUAUUUAUUUACUUACUUGUAGAAUGUAAGUUCACAGAAGCACCCUUUUGAUUUGCUUUUGUCUACUAAAGUAUCUCUGGUAUUUAGCACAGGACCUAUUUCUUCAAGAAGAUGAAGAAACCUGCUUUGUGUGAAGACAUUUAAGCACUUCUGUCUAGAUCAACAUCAAUUGUCUCUCCUCCUCCAUGAAGAGAGAGCACACAUAAUCUAUACCUGAUGUCAAGAGAGGCAUUGAGAAAGAACAUGAGUGACCAGAAAGAAAGUGGACAAACCAGUGGCCUAGGUGAAGUCCAGGUGAGUGUCAGUGCCUCGUUACAAGUGUGACAACCUGUGUUCUUCAACAGACCUCUCAGAUGGGUGCAGUGUGUGGCAUAGGAAUCUGAAAUCCAUCUAGAUGAGGAGCUCUGAGUACAUCACAUAGACUAAUCAAAAUGCCGUGUGUUCUCACCAGCUCCAGCCGAUGAGAGGACGUGAGCCAUGCUAGCCAGCUCUUAGGAUGUGGGGUGCUGGCAUCUUACCUUUAAGCCGAGCACGGGGGACUGGGUGUGACCUUGAUUGUUUGGCUGCUUAAUUCAGCUUCUAAGAAUGUUAUAGAACAACAUAGCAUACUUGGAAAAAGUAGGAGAAACCACCUCUUAAAGCUGAGCAUGCAUGGAGUCAUGAUCCAGCAAUCCCCUUAUGAGGUACACACAUAAGAGAAAAGUGUGCUGUGUACUCUGCAUGCUGUGUAUGAGGGUAUAGCAAUGUGUGAGCUGGUUCCAAAUCCUGGGACUGGGCACUCACAUUGAUAGGAAUAAUCAUUUGCUAGGUUAAUGUUAAAGUCAUAAUAUCGAGUGAAAGAAGAGUUCACAGAGUCAAAAAUAAUGUAUGGUGCUAAAAUUCAAGACCCUUCCCAUGGGUGGAGGUGGGAAGCACUGAACAGACAUAAAGCACAGUGAGUUUCUGGGCUGCUGAUGUGGAUUUUCCAUUGUGAAGACUCAUCUGUCUGUGUGCUCACAGCUCACACACCUGCAUGGCAGUGAGGCGGCUGGGUCAAUUCUCUGGUGUUCGGUCAGGUAUCAGUAGGCGCGGAACGUGGAAGUCUGACAGAGAAAUCUGGGGGGAUGAGGCAGAUCAGGCUGCAUCACUGAAGGAGUAGUGAAAGGUGACGUCAGGAAAGCAUGUGGUUUGUCAGAGAAGGCUGCCGAGGCUUGACGGGGACAGGGAUAAAUGUUACAUAUUAGGGAUGGAAUAAAGUAUGUGGGCAGAUGUCAGAAAUCUGGGCGGGAGUGAUCUGCGAGCGAAACCUACACCAUGAGUCUCCUCAAUAAACCUAAGAGUGAGAUGACCCCAGAGGAGCUGCAGAAGCGGGAGGAGGAGGAAUUCAACACAGGUCCCCUCUCAGUGCUCUCGCAGUCGGUCAAGAACAACACGCAAGUGCUCAUUAACUGUCGCAACAAGAAGAAGCUGCUGGGCCGGGUGAAGGCCUUUGACAGGCACUGCAACAUGGUGCUGGAAAAUGUGAAGGAGAUGUGGACUGAGGUCCCCAAGAGCAGCAAGGGCAAGAAGAAGUCCAAGCCUGUCAACAAGGACUGCUACAUCUCCAAGAUAUUCCUGCGUGGGGACUCGGUCAUCGUGGUGCUGCGGAACCCGCUCAUCACUGGCAAGUAGAGCCUGCUCCCUGCCCUGCAAAGGCCUGAAGAACCCUGCCCAAAGGGUGAGAAAUAAAACCCUGUGCUUUUUGUUAAAAAAAAAAUCUGAUGAACAUUAACCACUAAAGUAAAAUUUAGAGAUAAAGAUGGGCAGUGUCGAAUGGGGAGCAUCACAAAUCAAUAAAAUAAUUCAAGUAUAAUGAUAGACAUAUUUACAUAUAAACAUAGAGAAAAGGAUAUUUAGCAUAUUACGUUGGAUAUAAAUAUGUGUCUAGUUGUGUGUAUGUAUAUAUUUUCAAUUGUAUAGGUAACAUAUUAACUAUUUGUGGAGAAAAUUAAAAAAAAAAAAGCAUGACACUCCACUCUCCAGGUAUGACAUUGUCCAAGGCUUCAUACUGAAAACUGUGACUUAAUUAGUGACUCAAUGUUAAUCAUGUGGAGGUUUAUAGUGAGAAGAAUUUGAGCAGAAAGUUCAAGUCAGAAGAUCUUUACAGUUGAUAAUCUUGUCAACCCCAACUCCCUGUUAGGGUUGGCAUCAUCAGGCAGUGGGACAAGCUGACGAAGACUUCUUUCCUUCUUCCCUCAGAUAAUUGCAUUAUCAUAUUUCCCUUAAGAUGAACAUGUCAAAAGGUGUCCAACCGGAUUACAACCCUCACCCUUUCCAGGGGGAGGUGAAGUUUGCUUGUCUUUUUCGACACAGCCUGUCGAUCUGGAAGGUAGAAUUUGAGAUUUUGAACACAGAGAACUGUUCUAGACCCUGGUUUAGCAGAAAGAUCAAAUCCUGGGUGAAGGUUAUAGGAGAAGACAGAGUGUGGGAGUAGGGACUAAAGAUGGUCCAACUGUUAUACUGAGUUUACUAAUUUUGUCUAUCCUGAUAUACUUUUCAAAUCUUUUCUAUGACUGCAUUUGGAAGAGGAAGAGACUGAGAGUAGACUUGUGAAAUUUCUGUAUGUCAGGACCUUUAAAAAAAAACUCUGUAUAGGCAGGGCCUGGGAGCACUGUGACCUGACUAUCAAAAUGUCUGAAUGUCUCGACAGUUUCUCAGACAGAAAGGAGUCUCUUUCUUGACCAGUUUUUGUCACAGAAACCAGAUCAUGGCUCUGAGGAAGUCUGGUUGCCAAGACAAUUAUAUUCUAUGUUUCAUCAUUAUUGUGACUUGCUGGUAGACAAUAGGGGGUGCUUUCCUUCCCUGUCAACAAUAGCUCAGGUGUUCUUAGGUUGGCUCCUUAAGGAUAUUUGCCUGUGAUGGAUGUAGAAUAGUCCCUGGAGCUGUUUGUGGCCACACCCAUGCUCCCUCCCCAGAGAGACUUUGCAAGUGGCUUUCACCCUUGCAAUGACCUGGUUAUUAUUUAGAUCUAAAUCUCUUUAAGCAAUAAAUAUAUAUGUAUCCGAGUUUCUCUAGCAAUGAUGAUGAUGGUGUGAAGAAGCCCAAAGGCAGGGUGGAUAUUUGUCUGUGAAUUAAAAAUGUACCUGGUUGUUUCUAAGGAGAGAAAGAAAGGGUGUGGAGUUGGGUGGGUGAGGAGGUUGGGAGGAUCUGGGAGGAUCAGGGGGAGGGGAAACCGUGAUCAGAAUUUAUUAUAUGAAAAAUUUCUAUUUUCAAAGAAAAAAAGGGGGGGAACCCUGGACUAAGAGGAUUUGGAGUUGAUUUCAAGGGUGUAAGUCAGAGAUCACAGAGCCUGAGAUGAAGAGGCUGCCAGGCAACUGGAAACUCUAGCUCAGGAGAAGCAGGGAAACAGUUGCUUGCCCUUACCUGCUCAGGUCAAGGGUAUUUGAUGCUCCUGUGGUUUGUUAAAAAGAACUCUGGCCCUAGUCACAAACAGAAUCUUUAAGUUUACUCUAAGGAAACAAUUACCAGGAAAGGCAAAACCACAGCGGGAGAGGGAGAGGGACCUUCCAUGCGCACAUCAAUGCAUAUUAAGAAUAAUGGCAGAGCUUCAUUUUUCCAAAGGGACUAAUUUGUCCCUUUGUUUCACCGAAUGCUUGCUGAGCCCCCCUGAGUAGUUCAGAAGGUGUAUCUCAGACCACCAUCUACCUUACUCCAUUAAAAUGGAUGUGUCCUUCACUUCACGCAGAUUCUCACCUAGAGACUUAAGUUUACAAACAAAACAUGGAUUAUUGCUGUGGUGAAAGAAUCCUCUGCACAAAGAUGAACAGCAGGACACCUCUAAGUAACAUAUUUCCCUGGUGGGUUUUACAAUACAAUUCUUGGCAGGGUAAUUUGAUCUGCAUACAAUUUUUCAAGACACACACCUGCAGGUCACAAGUGGAGUGUCUGUAUAUUCAUGAUGGUUACUGAGAUGGCUAAGCAUCUCAGCCUAGAUUGUGUUGGGGUCGAUCAGUCACCGGAGCUGGUUCCUGACCACUGGUGCUCCUGCAGACAACUCACAGGAAGCUUUGUUUUUUUAGCUGCUGAUCUCCUGGAGGGAACCCAGCAGGGAAGAAACAGGCAGAUCUUGCAUUAGCUUUCUAAGAAGAGGUAAUGUCCUGAUUAGUUUCUGGACUGACUAAGUAUAGUGAUUUAGAGUCAUUCACUCACUGUAAUAUAUGCAGAUGUUUUUGACUUAAAAAGAAAGUAAUCACGAGGGCUGUUAUUAGACACUAACAGAACAAUGUACUAGAAUGCGCUUUAGUGGGAAUGCCAACACAUUAACUAU